CCCUGUCGGCUGGGGUAGGGUGGCGGCUGGCCCAACCGGGCCCCCGCUGCCCUGUACCCUGGCUUUCGGUCGCAGCGGGCCAGCACGGCAGAGCCGGGCGAGUGCGGAGUCCGAGCCCCGGAGGCGAAGAUGGCGGCAGGCAGGCGCGCCCCGCGCACCGGGUUGCUGGAGCUGCGUACCGGGGCGGGCUCGGGCGCCGGGGGCGAGCGGUGGCAGCGGGUGCUGCUCAGUCUGGCGGAGGACAUGCUGACCGUGAGCCCCGCUGACAGCGAACCCGGCCCGGAGUCUGGCGCCCUGCGGGAGUCCGAGCCCGCGCAGCUUAACGGCGCUACGGAGCCGGGCGCAGCGCCCCCGCAGCUGCCGGAGGCGCUGCUGCUUCAGCGGCGCAGUGUGACGGUGCGCAAAGCCGAUGCCGGCGGGCUGGGUAUCAGCAUCAAAGGGGGCCGGGAGAACAAGAUGCCCAUUCUCAUUUCCAAGAUCUUCAAGGGACUGGCAGCUGACCAGACAGAGGCCCUCUUUGUGGGGGAUGCCAUCCUGUCUGUGAAUGGAGAAGACUUGUCCUCUGCUUCCCAUGAUGAGGCCGUUCAGGCCCUCAAGAAAACAGGCAAGGAGGUGGUGCUAGAGGUCAGAUACAUGAAGGAAGUCUCACCGUAUUUUAAGAAUUCUGCUGGCGGGACCUCGGUUGGCUGGGACUCGCCUCCUGCCUCACCCCUUCAGCGGCAGCCUGCCUCCCCUGGCCCCCCACUCCGGGACCUCACUGAUGCCAAACACAUAUCCUUGAAGAUGGCCUAUGUCUCCAGGAGGUGCACCCCCACUGACCCAGAGCCCAGGUAUCUGGAGAUCUGCGCGGCUGAUGGGCAAGACACUCUCUUUCUGAGGGCCAAGGAUGAGGCUAGCGCAAGGUCGUGGGCAGCGGCCAUCCAAGCCCAGAGCAACACUCUGAUGCCCUGGGUCAAGGAUGAGCUGCAGGCACUGCUGGCAGCCACCAGCCCAGCUGGGAACCAGGGCAUCAAACAGAUCGGUUGGCUGACUGAACAGCUGCCCAGUGGGAGCACAGCGCCCACCCUAGCCCUGCUGACUGACAAGGAGCUGCUUCUCUACUCCUGUCUUCCCCAGACCCGUGAGGCCCUCAGCCGGCCAGCCCGUACCGCUCCACUCAUCGCCACCAGGCUGGUGCACUCAGGCCCCUCCAAGGGUUCCGUGCCCUACGAUGCAGAGCUCUCUUUUGUCCUGCGUACUGGCACACGCCACGGGGUGGAUACUCAGCUGUUCAGCGUGGAGACACCACAGGAGCUGGCUGCCUGGACCCGUCAGCUAGUGGAUGGUUGUCACCGGGCUGCUGAGGGUGUACAGGAGGUAUCUACAGCCUGCACGUGGAACAGCCGCCCCUGCAGCCUCUCUGUGCAUAUUGACAAGGGCUUUACACUGUGGGCGGCGGAGCCAGGAGCGGCCCGAGCAGUGCUGCUCCGGCAGCCCUUUGAGAAGCUGCAGAUGUCUUCGGAUGAUGGCUCCAGUCUUCUUUUCUUGGACUUCGGGGGUGCUGAGGGCGAGAUUCAGCUGGACCUUCACUCAUGUCCCAAAACCAUGGUCUUCAUCAUCCACUCCUUCCUCUCUGCCAAAGUCACCCGCCUGGGACUCUUGGCCUAGAGGUCGACAGAUGCACCAGCCUUGCAAAGCGGUGUGCCCCACAUGGCCUGACCUGGCCCUCCACCGACUGCCUGCUCACCGCUUAGCUGAAGGAAAGAAGAGAGGAACAAGAGCCGCACCCAGCCCCUGAGGGACGGUCUCAGGAACCGGGAUCCAGACCCAGGACACAGUGGCCCUUUGCCCUCUGACCUGUGACGGGGUAGCCUCCUUGCUGUCCCCCUCCCCAACAGUGCCUUUUUCAGAGAGAUAUUUUGUGUAUACCGAAGCCAUUCCGAGUCUGGGACCUACCCCUGUGGGGAUCCUGACCCCAGCCAACAGCUGCCGGGCCUCCCAGAGGCCCCCUCUGAAGCCGGGGUCCCCUGGAGUCAGCGGCAAGAGAAAGAGGAGGAGCCUUUCUGUUCUUUUUUUCCUUCAGCCCCACCACCUUGGGGCAUCUGUUUUUCUCUUGAUCUCGUCCUCCUUACUCUUGGAUAAAUAAAUAGCCUGUGAAUGCACAGAGCACUGGGCCAAGU